AUGCUUCCUCCGAUCCCUUGUGUCGAAGACUAUGGCAUCUCGCCAGUGCGGGGCUUCCUCCCGUCAGAGCUGCCGCUGCAGUGUCUGUCACAUCCUGUCUAUGACCGCUGGGAGCGGAUCAUCAACAACUUCCAAUCGUUGUUACUGUCAAAAAGAUUAAGAGCAGUCAUCGAUAAAUUACCAGUCAUCCCCGCAGUCCACCUCGAGACCGACACCGAGUGGCGCAGAGCAUACAGUGUUUUGACCUUUUUGGCACAUGGAUACAUCUGGGUCUCCGAGUACCUGGAACUCCCUCCUGUCGCCACCUACGCCGGCCUCGUUCUGUGGAAUUGGAAGCCACUUUUCCUUUCCGACAAUCUCGCGUUGGAAAAUCUCUCCACUUUGAUCACCUUUACAGGUUCGCUGGACGAACAAUGGUUUUAUUUGGUCAGCGUGGCUAUGGAGGCAAAAGGCGGCCCCUCAAUACCCCUCCUGCUGAAGGCGAUGCAAGCAGCUCGAGACAACGAUGUGGACACAGUCACAAAGUGCCUCCAGUCGGUUGCUCAAACACUCGAUGAGCUGGGCACGCUGCUGGUGAGGAUGUACGACAGCUGCGACCCACACGUCUUCUAUCACCGCAUAAGACCCUUUUUGGCCGGAAGUAAAAACAUGAAAGAUGCCGGACUACCCCGCGGCGUAUAUUACGAUGAUGGGAGUAGGCAGUCAACGUGGCGCCAGUACGGUGGGGGCUCCAACGCGCAAAGUAGCCUGAUCCAAUUCUUCGACAUCGUACUCGGGGUCGAGCACAGACCUACCGGGUCGAAAAAGGACGAGACCUCGGAAUCAGAGGCCGAGCCAGGCGCAGCUCCCAAGCCCCGAAAUAACUUUAUCCACGAAAUGAGACAGUAUAUGCCUGGCCCUCACCGAAGGUUCCUCCAAGCAGUGGAAGGGGCAGCCAAUAUUCGAGAUUUUGUUGAGUACAACAAGUCGAAUCAACAGCUGACAGUAUCAUAUGAUGCCUGUCUCGCCAUGCUUCGAUCUCUUCGAGACAAGCACAUCCAGAUGGUUUCGAGGUACAUUAUUGUCAAGAGCCGAGAAUCGAGGAGCAUGUCGAGGACGCGGAGAGAGAGCAGCCCUGAUGAAAUCCCUCGGGGCGGGACAGGAAUAGCCUCGAUUCGUUAUGGCCGGCCUGAAGAAGCAGGUUCGACGCAGAAGAAGAAGAAAAUGCGCGGGACUGGUGGCACGGCGUUGAUCCCCUUUUUGAAGCAGGCGAGGGACGAGACUGGCGAGCCAGCAAUUGAUGCCUGGGCCCGCAAACUGCUCAUGGGAGGCCGCCGCACGGAAGCCGACGCCGAGAUUGCAUUCGAGGAUAGAAUCACCCGUGCCGAGAAUCUGGACGCUGAUGAACCGCAGAUUGUGGGGAUGGCGGGUGCUUGGGAUCUGGAGGAUGCGGGAGGCGGUCUUUGCGCGUAUUGA